GUUGUCCUUGUUGCUUUUAUGAGAUGGAUGUUGAGCCGUGGCUGCAGAACACCCGCGUAAAGAAUGUGUGGCCGUUGCGCUCCCUCCCGUUGCCUGCGAGUCCAUUUGACAUCGGAGGUGGUCCAUGCGCCAGAGUCGCGUCACGGGUCGUGUCCAUGGAGCUGACUGAAAUCCUCACAAGUCCAUGGAGCGAGAACAUGCACCCGCGACGAAUAUACGUGCACUUCUACGACUCGUGGGCGGACCAUGUCCAGCACUUCGUCCAGCAUUUCAAGGUCAGCUUGGCUGGACAUGGCCUGAUCCAGAUGGAAGCGGACACCGAAUCGUCGUACGAGGCCGACGCCGAGUCUGCGGUUGUGGUGGUCGCAGAGCGCAGCUUGCUCAGUCGAUGCGAGCUCAUGGGUCAAUGGUCCCGCGACGACACCGCCAUGGCCAUCGAGUUGAAAUACCAAGCAGCAACGCGAGCCAACAGCGCCAGCCCCAUCGUGUACGCCCUGGAACAAGUGGUUACUUCGGCUACGGUUGAAGUUCCUGCUGCUGCACCUAGUGGACUACCCCACCAAAAGAAACCCAACAACCGAGGGCUGCGAGGUGUUUGCGAGAGUAAGAUUCACUUUUACUCGCCGUUGUCUUGCAUUUCAAGCCAAGGCAACAUCUACGGCGUCGUGUCGUCGUACACCAAACCAAAACUCUGCGACAACGGUCGUAGAGACUAUGAGAUGACAGUGUCACUGAUCGAUGAAAGCCGGCCCCUGCGCAGCCAAGCGCUGUACGUGAAUGUGUUUGCGGCGACGGUGGAGCUCCUGCCAAAUAUAUUGUGCAUUGGGGAUAUCCUACGCAUUCACAAGCUCAUUUUAAACAAGUACGACCACCACGACGUCGGUACUAGCUCAUCUACAGUGUCCGUAAACGCAGUUAUUCGCCAAGAUCAUGACGGCACGUUAAAGCUAUUACAUGCCGCGACCACUAAACCCACUGUGUUUACAUCGAGCGACUACGACCGAUGCCUCGCGCUCAUGACCUGGUCCAAGCAAACGUUGGCAGUCGACACGACGUUACCUCCCCGAAACACCAAAGGCUACAUUCACUUGGCCCAGUGCAAGAGCUUAGAAUCUCGGGAUAUCGUAGAUAUUCUCGCAAAAGUGAUUCACAUCUCCCAACCCGAAAAUACCACCACAUCUGAUUCCGGAACCCUCGACAUCAGCGACGGCCAUGACGACGAGACUACGAUUCCAGUGCACGUCCACGUCGAUUGGGCGAUGCUGACAUCUCGUUGGCUGGUGCCGGCGGCAGCGGCGGGACUCCAGUGGGUCAAAUUGCGAGCGGUGGAACUAGAGUUAAAAGACGACGGUGCGAUGGCAUUUCACUUUCGAGCGUAUUCGACCGUGGAAAUCUUACCAAACUACCUCUACGAAGUCCGCCAUGCGCUCGAGAGAUCCGAGCCACUGAGGCGGAAGCGAUCCUCCACGGUGGUGCAGCCCCCACCAACCUCGGCGCAUCAUCAGCAGCAGCAGCCGUACCCUACUUUAAAGCUAGCCGAGUUGCUAACGCUGCAGGUAACAAGUGAAACAGUGUGUGCUUUAUUCACCUAUCUAUAUACAUGACUUGUACUAUUUCUUAGCCUCCACGCAUGGCAUAUUGUUCAGCGCAAGUUGUCGACGUGUGGGUGUCCGAUUUGCCCAUUUCCUCGACGUAAUUAUCAAUCUCAAUGCUAUCAUCUUGUAAUCGGGGGUGGUUGGUUGUCCACCCAGGCCGGGACCAAGUGCGUUCAGCUGUGUACUUCGUUUGCAAGACAGUUCUGCGAGCGUGGACGCCAUUUUACACGGACUACACGCAGUAGUGUUUGCUUUGCUUCGUCAUCAACAUGUUAUUGAUUGGAGACGUAGAAAACGUUCUUUACGAGGGUGCAUCGUGGUGGUGGUGACAACUCCAAGGCGACUCUGACCAACCGACUGGCGGACCUUGUGCAAAACAAGCAGCACUUGUGGUGCUUAUGUACGUACCUUGUGAGAGGCACGGACUUGCGCGUGGCCGUUGUCCAGACCGUUUGGGAUGUGUCGUUGGUUGUUUAAGCUCAGAGCGUUGAUAAUCAUAUAACUGCAGAGACUUUG